AUGGAUAUUUUGCAGUGCUACCACAACUCGAGACUCUUGGUCGACUGGAGCGACAAGCGCAUCUGGUUCGCCGUCGCCUCGAUCGUCUUCAACCCCACCUUCUGGAACAUCGUCGCCAGGAAAGAGUACCGCACAAAGUUCAUUACUCGCAUGUUCAACGGCAACGGUCUCCAUGGAUGCUACGCCUUGGCUGCCACCAUCUUCACCCUCGGACUGAUCCGUGAUGCUGUAUUCAAGUACGCUGUUGACGCCCAGCCCAAGGCCCAGUGCAUGGACCACUGGUUCCUCCAGGCCUUGGCCUACUUCUUGUUCGCUGUCGGCAACAUCUUUGUCCUCUCAUCCAUGUGGGUCCUCGGAGUCACCGGCACCUACCUCGGUGACUACUUUGGCAUCCUGAUGGACGAGCGUGUGACCUCCUUCCCCUUCAACGUCAACGACAACCCCAUGUACAACGGCACCGUCAUGAUCUUCCUCGGCACCGCCCUCUGGUCGUUGAGUCCCACUGGAGUCUACUUAACGUGCAUUGUUCACUUUGUCUACCGCAUUGCUUUGAGAUUUGAGGGUCCUUUCACGACUGACAUCUACAUCAAGCGUGAUCAGGACCGCGCUGCUGCCAAGAAGACCACUUCGACCCCUGCCAAGAAGCAGACCAAGAAAGAUCUGUAG